UAGAAUGUAGCUUGUAGUGCAAAUGCGUGAUCACAGUCCGGAGUUUAGAAAUAAUCCCCUAAUAAAGAGCUGUAGACGGAUCUAGGUUUCCGUGCGGAAGAGUACAGUGUUGACGGAGCCUGAGGGUAGCAGAGCACAGUGGGCUGUAACCUGCGCCUCACCGACGGACAGACGGACGGACGGUGCAAGAAAACUAUACGGACGAACUUCGGGAUGCUUCUGUGUCAGUUUCACCAACACUAGCGGCUGCUUUUUAACUAAAUAACACGUUCUUCUUCUGGUUGGACCGAUUACAGACUGGUUGUUGGCGCAUUUGGACCGAACGGACGGACUUGUCGGUACCGGGAGGACUUUGUCUGAGCUCAACAUGUCAAUUCUGCCUUUCACUCCCCCCAUUGUCAAAAGACUUUUGGGCUGGAAAAAGGGAGAGCAGAACGGACAGGAGGAAAAAUGGUGUGAAAAAGCGGUGAAAAGUCUGGUGAAGAAGCUAAAGAAGACGGGUCAGCUGGACGAACUGGAGAAAGCCAUCACCAGCCAGAACAUCAACACCAAAUGCAUCACUAUUCCUCGGUCUCUGGAUGGCCGUCUGCAGGUGUCCCACAGAAAAGGUCUUCCACAUGUCAUCUACUGCCGUCUGUGGCGCUGGCCGGACCUUCAGUCCCACCACGAGCUGCGAGCGGUGGAGCUGUGCGAGUAUGCCUUCCACACAAAGAAGGAUGAAGUGUGUGUCAACCCCUACCACUACCAAAGGGUGGAGACCCCAGUUCUUCCACCAGUGCUGGUGCCCAGACACACAGAAAUCCCCAGUGAGUUCCCACCUCUGGAUGACUACAGCCAUUCAAUCCCUGAAAACACCAACUUCCCAGCUGGCAUUGAGCCCCAAAGUAACUACAUACCAGAAACACCACCACCAGGAUACCUCAGUGAGGAUGGAGAGACCAGCGAUCACCAGAUGACCCACAGCAUGGACACCGGCUCCCCAAACCUUUCACCCAACCCUGUUUCACCUACACACAGUAACCUAGAUCUUCAGCCGGUGACAUACUGUGAGCCAGCCUUCUGGUGCUCUAUUUCCUACUAUGAGCUCAACCAGCGGGUAGGAGAGACCUUCCAUGCCUCGCAGCCGUCGCUGACAGUGGAUGGUUUCACAGACCCCUCCAACUCGGAGCGUUUCUGCCUGGGGCUGCUGUCCAACGUCAACCGCAAUGCAGCUGUGGAGUUAACACGCAGACACAUCGGUCGGGGAGUUAGGCUGUACUACAUCGGAGGAGAAGUAUUCGCUGAGUGUCUCAGUGACAGCGCCAUCUUUGUCCAGAGUCCCAACUGUAACCAACGCUAUGGCUGGCACCCAGCUACAGUCUGCAAAAUCCCCCCAGGCUGCAACCUAAAGAUCUUUAACAACCAGGAGUUUGCUGCCCUUCUGGCCCAGUCUGUCAACCAGGGAUUCGAGGCCGUGUACCAGCUCACCAGAAUGUGCACCAUCCGCAUGAGCUUUGUGAAAGGCUGGGGAGCAGAGUACAGGCGACAGACAGUGACCAGCACCCCCUGCUGGAUCGAGCUGCACCUCAACGGUCCGCUGCAGUGGCUGGAUAAGGUGCUCACACAGAUGGGCUCCCCCAGCAUCCGCUGCUCCAGUGUGUCCUAGGGCUGAGCCCGCAUCCACCACCCACUUCCUGAACACCACAUCUCCUGUCAGUGACUGAAAACACACAGACUGCA